UGCCCCCUGCUCAGACCCUGACAGCCCCCCGCUGCGAUUUGCCCCCCUUAAUCUUUUUAAACCCCUCCAAAGAGGAGGCAGCAAAUCGUAAGUAGAAGUAAGGGCAGAGAGAGGGCAGUGGCUACAACGAAGGUUACUGGGCAUGCUCAGUUCGAGUGAGCAUGCUCAGUACACCCAAAGUAGCAAAACGGGAGCGAGAGCAGUAGAGGCGGGAGAGGCCCCGGGGCGCGCGAGAUGGAGGCAGGAGACCAGGAGGUGAGCAGCAUGAAACUGCAGACAUUGCAGUUACUGCCCGAGGAGCAGAUAGUGACACUUCGUCAACAGAUGGUGGAAAGUCAGGCAUCCUAUCAACGCAAGCUGCAGAGCUCCCAAGAGGCACAACAUAGACAGGCAGUGCUUGUGCAGAAGCUACAAGCAAAGGUGCUGCAGUACCGGAGUUGGUGUCGGGAGCUGCAACAGAGGCUGGAAACGGAAAGGGUUGUGCAGGGGCCCCUUUCACAUAGGUGGGAAGCCAAGGAGGAGCACAGCCUGGAGAGGGCACUGGUCCAGUUGGAGGAGGAGCAGCAGAGAUGUGAGAAUCUAGCUGAAGUGAACACUCUGCUCCGGGAGCACCUGAGCAAGGCAAAUGAGGUGAAUACAGCCCUUAGAGAGGAUGUGCAAAAACUGACAGUUGAUUGGACAAGGGCCCGGGACGAACUGGAGCUCAAGGAGAGCGAAUGGCGCACUGAACGUGAGUUCUUUGACGGGUACUUGAGGUGUGAACAUGAUCGACUUCUCAGCCUGUGGCGACAGGUGGUGACCUUCCGCCGGCACUUCCUGGAGAUGAAGACUGCAACUGACAGGGACUUGUCAGCACUGAAGGCAGACCAGAUAAGACUUUCUGGAUCAAUACUUGUCAGCUGCUUCCAUCUAAGUUCUGGUACACGGCCCUGGGAGUCGAACACUUUGGAAAGAUCUGCCCCGAGGGAUCAGACACAGCAGCUUUGUGCCAGGGCUCAGGAGCUGGAAAAGGAAGUAUACCAGAAAACCCAAGAAGUGAUGUGCUUGCAGGUCAAAGGGGAUAUUGAGAAAGAGGAGCUUCAGGGCAGGGUAAUGGAGCUCUCAGCCUUGCUGGCGCAGUCCCAGAAGCAGAAUGAGGAGAAAGAAAAGACCGUGAAGAUGCUUAGUGACACGAUGGAAAUUCUGGAGGCUAGUCGGUUGGAGGUAGAAUAUAAAGCUUCACUGACCAAGAAUGCCAAAGAAGAGACCCUUUCCCUUCGUCAGGUGCUAAAAGACAUAACUCAGGCAGUGCUAGACGAUACUGACAACGCAGUCAGCAUCUCAUGGGUUGAGAGCUCCCAGCAUCCUGAAUCCAGCAACCUCUCCUCCCUGCUGAGUUCCAGUGACAUGGAAAGGGCCCUUGUUCUGGUGCACAAAGCAUUGUCAAGGAGGUGCCAGGCAGUACAGGCCCUAAGGGAGCAGCUUUCAGACAGCCAAGACUCUGUCCAUUCUCUGCAACAUCAGCAAAGGCAGCAGGAAGAGGAAUGCAAGAUGCUGAGGCAGAGGCUCCAGCAGCUGGAAGAGAACUGCAAGACACUCACCAGCCAGACGCAGCACCUCCAGUCCCUGGUGGAAACUCUCAGCAGUGACCGUAUGAACCUGGAGAAGGCCAGGGAAGAGCUGCAGCAACAACUGGAGGUGUCUGAGCAGGAGGCCUGGCGAUUGCGCCGAAGCAACACUGAGCUACAACUGAAGGAAGAUUUGGCUCAAGGGGAGAAGGAGGAGCAACAGCUGGAGAUGGAGAGGAUCCUUCGGGAGAGGGAGCGCCUUCAGAAGGCUUUAGCUGCACUUGAAGCAAAGCAUUCAUUGUUAAAGAGCGAGUUGGUUGCCAGGAGGGAGGCGCUGGAGAAAUCUCACCUUGAUGGGGAGUUGAUGAAGCAAGAGAAACAUGAGCUUGCCAUGGCACUGGAGAGGGCAGAACAGUCAAUUGCUGAGUUGACAGGGGUUCAGAAUAAACUGAAGGCAGAAACCGCUGACCUGCAUGAUGUGGCUGAGAAGAUGAGUGGCAUUAAUGAGGCUCUAGCUUUGGAUAAAAUGCAGUUGAAUCAACUUGUCCUGCAGUUGGAGCAGGAGAAUCAGGCUUUGUCAAGCAAAGUGAAGGACAUGCAGAGAGCAACAGCCUCUGUGCAGGAGGAGCUGAGCCUGUCCGAAAGAGCAAAUGAGGAGCUCUGUGCAGAGAAAACCCUUCUGGAGCAGUUGCUGCAGAAAGCUAAGGAGGUGCAGGAGGAACUGCAGGCAGAGUUGGGUGUGCUGAGAGAUGAGAGAAAAGAGACCCAUGAGGUGAUGAGUCAGAUGUGUCGCCAGGAGGAGUCAUCCAGCACUGACUUGGAGAAAACACGGCUGGAGUCAAGUCACCGUGGAGAUGCACUGGCUAAAGUAUCCAGAGAAAAGGAAGCCCUGGUGCGUGAGAAGGCAGCACUGGAGGUGCGACUAGGGGCUGUGGAGCGGGACAGACGUGGCCUUUCAGAGCAACUGGCAGAGCUCAGAUCAGCAAAGGAGAUCUUAGAAUCCAGCCUGUUCGAGGCUCAGCAGCAGGUGUCUCAGCUGGAGGUCACUAGGGGUCAGUUGGAAAUCAACGUUCAAACAGUCAUCCAGGCCAAAGAGGUGAUACAAGGAGAAGUGAAGUGCCUUCGUUGUGAGCUGGAAACAGAGAGGUCCACAAUGGAGCGGGAGCGGGAGGAUAUGGCACAGCAGCUCUCACGGACAGAGCAGCAAUAUCAAGAUACCCUUAGCCUUCGGCAAGCUGCGUAUGAGGAGGAAAUGAACAAGCUCCUGCAAGAGCUGAAGAGUGAGCAGGAAUGGCACCGCGCAGAGCUGAAAGAGGUGUCGGAGCUCUCAGCCCAAGAGAAAGCAGAAGCAGAAGGUGCUUAUGAGAAGAAGCUGUUGGAGCUGAAGCAGGAGGCUGCUACUAUGCAAUCUCAGAAAGAAGAGGAGCGAGCUAGGGCUGAAAAUGCCAGGCAAGAGAUGCUGCUAGAGAAAGAGAGGGAGAAGGAGUCUUUGCUGGAGGCACUGCUCCAAACACAGGAAGAGUUGACAGAUGCCUGUCAGCAGCUGGAGCAGCUUCGCCAAGAGGUGAAGAAGCAACUGAAGGAGCAGGACACCGUGGAGGGGCUGCAAGCUGAGCUCCAGGAAGCUCAGAAUCAGAUGGAGGCAGUGGAGAGCAGGCACAUGGAAGAGGUCAAAACCCUCAAACAGGAAAUAGACUUUCUCCUUCCGCAGCGAGACACCCUGCAAAACCAGGUGCAAGAGCUAAUGGUCACCAAGGAUUCCUGGCAACAGAUUGGCCUGGAGGCUCAGCGGCAAUUGAACGAGAUGCAAAAAUUAUUCAACCAGAAGAUAGUGGAGGCUGCUCAUAUCCAGAAGAUGUUAGAGGGGGAGAGGAGUCGACAGGAGGAGGCGGAGCGUCAGAACACAGAGCUCAGGGCCACACUCAGAGCUCUAGAGGGGGAGAGGAGCCAAUGGGAGGAGGCGGAGCGUCAGAACACAGAGCUCCGGGCCACGCUUGGAGCUCUGGAGGGGGAGAGGAGCCGACGGGAGGAGGCGGAGCAUCAGAACACAGAGCUCCAGACCAGGCUCAGAGCCCUGGACGGGGAAAGGAGCCGACAGGAGGAGGAGGCAGAGCGUCAGAACACAGAGCUCCGGGCCACGCUCGGAGCCCUGGAGGGGGAGCGGAGCCGACGGGAGGAGGUGGAGCGUCAGAACACAGAGCUCUGGGCCACGCUCAGAGCCCUGGAGGGGGAGAGGAGCCGACGGGAGGAGGCAGAGAGUCAGAACACAGAGCUCCGGGCCAGGCUCGGAGCCCUGGAGGGGGAGAGGAGCCGAUGGGAGGAGGCGGAGCGUCAGAACACAGAGCUCCGGGCCAUGCUUGGAGCCCUGGAGGGGGAAAGGAGCCGAUGGGAGGAGGCGGAGCGUCAGAACACAGAGCUCCAGGCCACGCUCAGAGCCCUGGAGGGGGAAAGGAGCCGAUGGGAGGAGGUGGAGCAUCAGAACACAGAGCUCCAGGCCACGCUCAGAGCCCUGGACGGGGAGAGGAGCCGACGGGAGGUGGCGGAGCGUCAGAACACAGAGCUCCAGGCCAGGCUCAGAGCCCUGGAGAGUGAAAGAGCCAGCCUGGCUCUGGCCCUGGAGGGGAAGGAGCUGAGACUCAGGACCUUCCAGGAGAGAGAUGAUGCCCAGCUGAGUGAGAUCAUCAGCCUGCAGGCAACCAUUUGCCAAGCUCAACAGCUCCAUUCUGACCACAGAAGAGAGAUACAGGAGCUCAACACACAGGUCCACUCACUCAGGCAGGCAGUGCUAGAGAAAGAGGCUGAUUUAGUGGCCCAUGAGAAGCAGCUGUCACAGGAUCUGGAGGAGUCGCGGGCGGGUGAGCGGCAUUUGAGGGAUUUGCUGCGGACACUAGAGGCAGAGGUGUCUCAGCUGCGCCUUAGCCUUUGCAGCACCGAGAGCCGGGCAGAGGCACUGGCUGUGGAGUGCCACCUUGCCAGCAGUGCCCGCAGUGAAUCAGAGUCCCAGCUGGCCAGGCUGCACACCGUUCUGCAGCACACACUGUGUGGCAGCACUCUGGCAAGUGGAGACCUCGUCACAUGGAGUGCAGAACAGGACCGUGUUUGUGGGCUUACUGGGCCUCAACCUAAGGACCUCCCCAUAGAGCUCACAGCAGAGAAAGUGGCAACAGCCUUCCGGAACCUGCACCAGGACCUGAGGCAGACUCUGCGAGAUCGGGAUGAUGCCAGGAACAAGGCUCAGAAGCUGGAGCAGGAGCUGAGCAAAAAGGAGGCCGAGAGGGACUGUCUCAGAACCCACACCCAAGAGCUGCAGAAGUGGUUGUCCCAAAGCCAGGAAGAGAUGCGGAUGGUAGAAGGGAAGCAGGGCUCACUCCAGGCCAUGCUGCAAGAAGAGGUUAUUGCCCUAAAGAAGGAGGUUGUGUCGUUGCAUGGGGAGGUUGCAUCCUUGGAGAGGAGCCUUGAGGGCACCGAGAAGCAAAGAAGAGAUGUUGUGCAUGAACGGGACAUGCUACAAGCAGCUAAGGAGAAACUGGUACGGGAGAUGGACCUUCUCCAGGAAUCAGUCUCUGCCUCUGAGACUCGGGCAAACAUAGCAGCAAAGAUGAGCUGCUCCCUAGAACAAGAGCUUCAAACAACCCUCUCUGCCCUGAAAAUGAAAAGUGAGGAAGCAGAGACUCAACAGGAGGGAAUCCAAACAUUGCAGAAGGAGGCUGCCUUGGGGAAGGCUUUGCAGGAAAAUCUGGAUCACCUGACUCUUGCCUUAAGCCAGAGAGAUGGAGAAAUGGAAACACUGCAAGAACAGAUUAGCAAGCUGGAGCAGCAGAGAGAAGUGCAAAGAACAGCUUUAGAUCACCUUACUAAAGACCUAGAGGAGAAGGACAGAGAGGUGGAAUCCCAACAAGAACAGAUUCAGGAACUAGAGAAUCAGAGGGAAAUGCAGAAGUCUGCUCUAGAACGACUGACUUUAAACCUAGAGGAGAAAGUAAAGGAAAUUAAAUUCCUGGAAGAGAAAAUCCAGACUCUGGAAGAACAUGGAAGAUCACAAAUGAAAGCUCUGCUGGAGGAGCUCUAUCUGAUCAAAGCAGACUUGAGGGAAAAAGAUUGUGAGCUUAUGUCUCAGAGAAAAGUAGCUGAAGAAUUGAAAGAGGAGAAAAAGCAGGUGAAGGUUCUGCGCACAAGCCUAGAACACAUGAAAACAAUUCUCGGGGACAAAGAGCGUGAGAUCGAAUUGCAGCGGGAGCAGAUAAGGAUUUUCCAGCAGUAUGAGGAUCAGCGGGAGGAAGAGCUACAGGACCUGCGGGAGAAAGUAAAACAGAUGACCCUCACUCUGACUCAGAGAGAUCAAGAGCUUGAGUCACAACAAAAGCAAAUUCAGAAUAUUAAGGAAGAGAUGGAAAUGAAGCUAAAGCCUCUUUGUGAACAUCUGGAGCAAACACAAGCAGCCUUAAAAGACAAAGACAGAGAGCUGGAAUUCCAAAUGCAGCAAAUACAGAAACAUGAGGAAGAAGCAGAAGGGCAGAUGAAGGUUUUCCAGAUAGAUUUAGAAUAUGCCAAGGAAGCACUAAAGGAGAGAGAUGGAGUGAUUAAGUCUCAGAAAGAGCAGAUCUGGACACUCCAAAAACAAGAAAGAGAAGUUGAGCAACAGAUGAAAACUCUUGACCGUCUUGAAGCAAUAUUAAGGGAGCGAGAGCAAGAAAUCGAAUCCCUGCAAAAGCAAUAUGAGGAGCAUAAGACAGAGGAGGAGAAGCAGGCAAGAGUCAUGCAAGCAAAUCUUCAACAAACACAGGUGACUCUGAGGGAGAGAGACGGGGAAAUAGAGACCCUUGAGGAAGAAAUCCAUAAGCUUCAGCAGCAUGAGGAAGAUGCAGUGACACAGACUAAGGCUGUCUUGAAGACAUUGGAAUAUACCAAAUCGUCUCUACAAGCCAGAGACCAGGAGAUAGAGUCUUUGCAAGGGCAUGUCAAGGAGCUGUUAGGGCAGAAAGAGCUGGAAGAAAAGUGUGUCAGAAGCUUACAGCAGGAUCUAGACAGAAUGAGCCAAAUAGUGAAGGAGAAGGAUGUAGAACUCCUCAAGCAGGUGGAGCAAAUUAGCAUAUAUCAACUUCAAGAAAAAAGAAUGCAGGUGGCACUAAAGUCCUGCCAGAACCAAGCAAGUUGUCUAGAGGAAGUUGUAAGAGAGCGAGAGUGGGAGAAUGAGAUUCUCAUUCAACAGCUCCAGCACCGAGAGGAAGAGCAGGAGACCCUGCACCAUCUCCAGCUUACACUGGCUGAGAAGGAGGAGAGACAUCACAGAGAGAGAGAGAAGCUUCUAGAAGAAGCCCUGAACAAGAGGGAACAGGAGAUCAAGGCCCAAGAUGAGCGAAAACAAUUGGAAGAGGAGGAGGCAAAGGGUCUUCAAGAAAAUCUCCAGCAUCUCCAGCAGACACUGGCCAAAAAGGAUGAGGAGAUAAAACACCAGAGAGAGCAAGUCAGGGGCCUGGAGGAGACUCUGAGAGGGAGAGAGCAGGAGCUGAGGACACAGGGUGAGCUCCUGAAGCAGCUCACCUCAGCUCUGCAAAGGAGAGCUGGUGAAGGGGAGACUCUAAAGAGCCAAAUCCAGAAACUCCUGAGAUGGGAGACAGAGGAGGCAGCCAAGAGGAAGGUUCUCCAGGAGAGAGACCAGCAGUUGGAAAGGCAGAAGGUGUGGAUCCAACAGCUGGAAGAGGAGAAAAAAGUGAAGGAUCAGGAACUGGAGCACAUGAUAGCUGUUCUGAAGCAGACUGAGAGUGUGGAGAUAGAAUGGAGGGAGAAAGCACAGGCCUUGGCUUUGUCCCUGGCCCAGAGCCAAGCAGCCAGUAGGACCCUGAGGGAGGAAAUGGCUGUCCUACAGUGCAUGGUAUCAGAGCGGGAUAAGGAUCGGCUUCAUCUUCAGUGCUGUCUGAGAGUCACUCCAGUCUAAAGAGGUUUGGGAUGCAUUGCUUCCUUUGGGUGUGCAAGUCUCCCUUCAGGGGUCCAGUGCGAGUGGACUCGCUGGGGGGACCUCACGGAGUGAAGCAGGCGUGCUGAAGGCUCAGAGGUGUGGUCCCAGGAGGUGAUGGAGGCUUAAAGGGCUCAGCCCCACAGAGAGAGUGCAACCCUCGAAGAGGACUGACACACUAAAGGGGGUUCCUCCCAGGAACUGUACGGAGCCAAGGGAAAGAGCACUGGGCCUGUGGUACCAUGACAACUGGUAGUGGGGGGUGGAUUGGCAGUCCAGGGUCAUUAGUUGCUAGGCAGCCAGAUGUCCGGGUCAUUGUCUUCUGGGUUCUCCAUGGGUGUGCGGCCUAGGCAGCUAGGCGACAGUCACACCUGGAUUUCUGGGUCUCUGCAAAAAGUAAUCACCCUUCCCCCACCGUCUGGGUACACGUGCAGCAAAUAGUGGAAACUGUGGCACACACGAUUCUCAUCCAAAGCACUAGGAGAAAUUUCCACUUUGUCACAAUUAGAUAGACCCAUACCUUCCCAGUCUCCUGGGCUAGGGAACUUAUUGCUCUGAGUUUCCUGGGCCUCCUGGUGCAUGUGCACCUGCUCUGUAUUCUCAGCACUAUAAACUUUUAGCAGUUGGUACAUUGUUCAUCCUCUGCCCCCCCACAGUUUUGAUUCAGUGCAGCAGAACCAUUCCAUCUGCCUCAGAGCAGAUAUUGCCUUUAGCACUGAAGAUGUGGAGAGGAUUUCAUAACCCUCCUGGAGGUACUCCAAGAAAUCCUUAAGUCUGGCACAAGAGCAGCCCAGAGUUUCCUAAAGAACAAAGCCUCAAAACAGAAGCUUGGAUCAGCCAAAACCACUAAAUGCCAUACUAGAUGAGAGCUCUGGCAGUGCAGACCUAGCCCCAUUCACUAAGCCCAGUCAGAUGGCUUCACCACUGAUACAUCCUGCACCAUCACCAUGAAGGCCAGAGACCCCAAGUGUCAGCUCUUUGAUGUAGUUCACGUGACUCUUCUUGGAGUGCCCAGGACUGAGUCACCUUGUUAUCCUCCUGCCUCUAAUGAGAGACAGACUUGCUGAUGCUUAACUGUGCUCCCUGACACCACCAGUUUGCUAACCACCCAAUAUACUCAGGGCUCUGCUAGCAUUCACUCUGCUUUGCAGGUUAACAGUAGGUUCACCCCCAAUCUCCGAGCCCCUCGGAAAGCAUCCUCCUGUAGUAUCCAGUCCCUGUCACUGGACACUCAUAGGAAUUAUGAGGGUUGCUCUCCCCAAAGGAAUAGUAUACUCAACACUUGACUGGUACAACUCAGGUUCAGGUCUUUGAUAUCAUCACAGAACUGAGAUAUAUUUAUAGUGAGAACACCCAUAAGUUUAUUAUCACAUGCUAAGAUUUCAGAGAUAGUGAGUAAGGUUACAUAUAAAACAAAAGUAUAACACCCUUCCUAGAGAUUAAAUUUAACAGGCUAAGCCCUUGUCUAAAGUAGUUUUAUCUCACCUAAAGCAAUCUCCUAACAUGUCCAGCCAGGAGGUUGGGAAUCAUUUUUCAUGAAUGUAAAAAGCAUUGUCCUUUUUUCUUCCUCAGUGAAGGAUAACAAAAUGUCUUUUCUUCUCCUCCUUAUAUUCUCCAAAACACAUUGUUUUGUACCCAGAGUCAGGACAGCCUCCUUACCCCCUCUCUGAUGUGCUGGCUCCAUGUUGUCUUCACAUCCUUAUGUUGAUGUCAUAUGCAAAUAGGUUUCCAUUAUGUAGGCUUAUAAUGCUUGUUUUACAUGUGAACCAAGGCAGACUGGUGAAUAUACAUCCUGUGUCCGGUGAAAACCUACAUGUCAACCCUGCUUUGAUUCAGACUUUAAAACAUAUUUUCCUGUACAUCUUUACAACUCCUUAAAUAUCAUUUGUACAUAUAUCUCACAAAGAUUAUGAGGAUCAGUAUGACAUAAGCUUUUAUUAGGGACUUGACAUGACCCUGUUUGGUAAUACUAUGAAAGCAUUGUGAGUUUGUCAGGUCUGACAGGAGUUGCUGUUGUAGAACAGUGAACCCAGCACCGGCUGGCAUUCAGAUGUUCUCAGGGGCACAGUUGGGGCCUCAAUACUUGCAAUCAGUGUGCUCCAGUGACCUCCAGUCCACUCAAUGAGAACAUAAGAACAGCCAUAUUAGGUCAGACCAAAGGUCCAUCUAGCCCAGUAUCCUGU